AUGACCACAUCUCUGUCAGGCAAAGUCGCGCUAGUCACAGGCUCUUCCCGAUCCAUCGGUGCUGGAAUCGCCAAACGCUUUGCCGAGGAUGGUGCAAACGUCGUUGUCAACUACGUUUCCAACUCACAGGCGGCCGGCAGACUUGUUGAUUCCAUUAAUGCCAGACGAGCAGGCGCGGCCAUCGCUAUCAAGGGAGACGUAUCUACGGUCGUUGGUGGUCAAAGGCUGUUAUAUGAGACAGUGAAAUCAUAUGGAAAAAUCGACAUCAUUGUCUUGAAUGCCGCAAUCAUGGGCAGCAAGCCGUUGGCGGAAAUCGAUGAGCAGUUUUUUGAUGACCACAUGAACGCCAAUGUCAAGGGACAGUUAUUUCUUGUUAAAGCAGCCGCUCCACAUCUAACUUCCGUCUUGCCCGACGCACUGGUCUAUAUCGCUACCAAGGGGGCCAUCGAACAAUUAUCUCGUGCCCUUGCCAAAGACUUCGGAGUCCGGGGCAUCACCGUCAACACCGUUUCUCCAGGCCCAACGGAUACUGAACUUUUCCGCAAGGGCAAGACCGAAAGUUUCAUCAACUACAUUGCCAGCCAAACGCCAUCCAAUAAGUUGGGUCAGCCAGAGGAUAUCGCCUCGGUCAUUUCCUUUCUUGCAAGCCCUGCAGCAGGCUGGAUUAAUGGACAGAAUAUUGUCGCAAAUGGGGGCUUCGUUGUGUAA